AUGAAGUCAGAAUAUUGCCAGGAAGAAAGAGAGGCAGCCUAUUUAAAAGCUAGAGCAAGAAUAUUUAAAGAUCUCGAUCAACCAAAUGUUAUGAACGGUCAACUGGAAGAAAAUAAUGAAGAUUCAAUAGUUCUAAAUUCUAGUUGUAUUAAAGACAAUACACCAUCUCCUUAUGUUCAAUCUCACGCCCCUACAUUUUCAAAUUCAAAUCAUAUCAUUAAUCCAUCUAUUUCUACACAACCUGGCGGUUUAAUGGGACCACAACAAAUGUCAAAUCUAUCUCCACUUCCACAUCCAAUGAUGGGAUUUCCACCUCAACAAACAUCAUUGCAACUACAACCACAUCCGGCAAAUAUUGGUGCAAUCAGACCACCGAAGUCAACAGAAUUAUUUGAUCCAAACAAUCCACCACCACAAUCAUCGUUAUCAUCAACAGUAGCAUCACCAUUAUCAACAGGUUUUAUCGUUAAUUCUUCAAAUACCAAUUCAUCAAGAUCAGCAACUCCACAGAUAUCAUCAUCGCUUUUAAAUAAAUUUACUUCUAAUUGGGUUGGGGAUCAAGUUGGCAAUAAAUCACCAACAAAAUCCUCGCUUUUGUUUGAUUACACUUUACAAGUACCAUACGAAGGAAUUAAACCUAAUCAAGCUAAUGAACAACCGCCAAAACCAAGUCAUAUACUUGAACUUUAUGAUUUUGCAGUAUCAGACAAUUUAACAGGUAUUACAUUGACGAAUGCAACUAUUAAACGUAUUGAUAAUUCUCCAAAGAUGAACGAUGGAUCAAAUAAACGGCAACCUACAGUUCUUGCAAUCUUUAAAAAUUCCAAGGAAGCCAGCAAAAUGAUUCAAACAUUUAAAAGUCCCAGGUUUAAACUCAAGGCAUGGGAACCUUUGCCAAAAAAUACAAAUAAUAAUGAUAGUGAUAGUAAUCUUAGUAGCAGUGGCAAUGGCAAUGAUGAUAAUGACAAUUCUACAAUACCAGUUAGCUAA